AUGCUGCAUAACAUUCUACGUGAGCAGUAUGCCAAGUCGCCAUCCUCCAAGACAAUUAUCUUUGUAACAACUCGCCAACUGGCCAUUUAUUUGGCUCAUCACUUGAACAUAAUGGGUAUUAUCCAAGAGCCAGACACAACUGCUUCUGCGGUGGGAUAUAUCACCAGCGCAAAUCAGUCGACUAGCGCUGACGGACAAACCGCGGAUGAACAACGUGGCAUGAUUGACGCGUUCAAUCAGGGUCAUCUAAAAGUGUUAGUGGCCACAUCGGUUGCUGAAGAAGGGCUGGAUAUUUCAGCGUGUAAUCUCAUCAUUAAAUAUAAUAAUGUCGGAUCAGAGAAAACUCUCAUCCAGCGCCGUGGUUAG